CUUCCAAAGACGGGACAAGUUCAAGAAGCCUGAAAAAUCGAAGCUCCCCUUGAGGUCCCAGCUUGGCGUUGACCUAACAGGAAAACUAGAAGCUGACGAAGAUGAAGCUGUGUCCGUCUCUUCUGGUGGCUCUGCUUCUACUCGUCGUUGGAGGAAGUUCAAAGUCGGCUGCUGCCCCCGACAAGCGGGAUUUGUCAACCAACUUUCUGAUAGAACGCCUGGAAGAGUUCCUGCGGGAGGAGGCUGCCGACAAUGGAGACAAUGCCGCCGCGUCUGUGGAAGAGGAUGAUCCGUCGGCUAGAUCAGGAGAUCUCGAAGGCAGCGACGAGACUUUCUUCGAGACACGGGGGGGCGGUUCGUCAGCAUGUGUGGCACCGCUGGACCUGUUCUUGCUCCUGGACGGAUCUGGCAGCGUAGGAACUGCAAACUUUGACAAGGUGAAACAGUUUGCUGCCGAUGUGGUCAACAGCUUUGACGUCAGCCCGACUGCCACCAGGGUUGGUGUGGCACAGUACUCUGACAGGAACAGUUUGGUGUUUAACCUGGGAGACCAUGCAGACAAGCCGUCUACCGUGAGCGCCAUUGACGGCAUCUCGUACCAGAGAGGCAACACGAAGACCGGGGCUGCUCUGGAGUUCGUCCGCCAGAAUGCUGCAUGGAGGGGAGGUGCUGUCCCGAAAGUGAUGAUCGUGUUGACAGACGGGAAGUCUGGUGAUGCCGUGGCGGCGCCAUCUCAGAGCCUGGCCGCGGACGGAGUGGCAGUCUAUGCCAUCGGGGUGGGAAACUUUGAUCAUGCGGAACUCCUACAGAUUGCCAACAGCGACCAAGACAAGGUUAUUGAGUUGACCGACUUCAAUGCCCUGGCCACGAAGAUUGACGACAUUGCUAACGCUGUCUGCUCAUCUGUGUCAGACGGUUGCCCUAGUGGCUACAAAAGUCAUGGUGGGAUCUGCUACAAGGCAUUCAACACGGAAAAGACCUUCCUCCAGGCAUCCGAGGCUUGCUACGCGGAUGGCGGCACCCUUGCCAUGCCCCGGGAUGCCGCCACUAACGCCUUCAUCAAGUCCCUGAAGGACGAUGUCGACCCGUCCGGUUUCUUCUGGUUCGGUCUGGUGGAUCAGCACCAGGAGAAUGAGUGGGUUUGGAUAGACGGCCGGCCUCUCGGCAGCUUCAGCGAUUGGAAACCAGGAGAGCCGAACAAUGCAGGCGAUGAGGACUUUGCCGAGUACUUCCCUACUCAAUGGAACGACGUGGGCGGUAACGCAAAAAACAGAAAAUUCAUCUGCCAAGUAAUUCCAAUAGAUUGCCCAGAAGGCUACGUGUACCAUCCACCUAGUCGCAUGUGCUACAAAGCCUUCGAUGUUAAGAAAAACAACGAAGGAGCGAUCGAAGCCUGCUCUGCCGACGGAGGUUCCCUUGCCAUGCCCGGUGAUGCCACCACAAACGUGUUCCUCAUCUACCUGAAGAAUGCUGUCGACAACAAAGCCUUGUUCCGCUUCGGACUGACAGACGAGCACGAGGAAGGAGGGUGGAUGAGGGCCGACGGCAUCGCCCUGGGGAACUUCCAGCCGUGGGGUCCAGGAGAACCGAAUAACCGAAGAAACGAAGACUGCGCCGAGUACUUCCCUGGGAGCCAUCCUAAGAACAAAAGAAACAUGUGGAACGAUGGGCCAUGUGCCAAUCAAAAUCGGAAGUUUAUCUGCCAAGUCGUCCCGAAAGACUGUCCCAAAGGCUAUAAGCAGAGCGGUGCAAGCUGCUACAAGGCCUUCGACACGAAGAAGAAUCACGACGAAGCUGCGAAGAUUUGUAGGGCUGAAGGAGGGUCUCUGGCCAUGCCGCGAGAUCAGGCUACCAACGACUUCUUGGUCAACCUGAAGAACGAGGUGGACGGCACUUCGUGGUUCUGGCUGGGAGCGGAUGACAAGAACGACGAGGGUACGUGGCAGUACGCGGACGGCGAGCCCUUCGGGAGCUACAGGAACUGGUUCCCGGGUGAACCGAACCAGGCCGGCGGGAACGAGGACUGUCUGAUGAUGUUCGAGAGCCCCAGGAACAUGUGGAAUGAUCAAGGCUGCGCAACAGAACAGAAGUUCAUCUGCCAAAUCCAAAUGCCAAUUGUAGAUUCCUGUGGAGGCAACGUUCCUGGAGAGGUUGGAGUCAUUGUCUCACCUGGAUAUCCUGUGACAUACACCGAUCAUCAGAAGUGCAGCUGGAACAUCAUGGCUCGACCAGGGAAGGUCAUAACUGUGAUCUUCGACGACUUCGGCCUGGAGAGUACCUUCGACACUGUGACUGUUGAAGACGCCUGCAGCGGCAAAGAGCUUGGAAAGUUCUCCGGGUCUACUCUUCCUGCAGCUGUCCACAGCACCGACAAACAGAUCAGGGUCAUCUUCACUACCGACAAUUCUGUCACUGAGCGUGGUUUCAAGCUCCGAUACUUCGCCAGUGACCCCUCCGGUAAACGCGAGAUUGCGGAGCCCAUGCCUGCCCAGCUGCCUGAUGAGGCCCUACAGGAGCGUGACCAGGAGGAACCCGCCGACAACACCAACGAGGGGAUGCUGCUGGAGACCCUGAAGAUACUGGAGGAAGACCUGCGGAAUGCUGGCAACGAGCUGGAGUAAAACCAUGAAGAGUGACAGCAAGUGAUGACAAAUGAAUCACCAAAGGCAAGACCAAUCAUCAGAGUACAGAGACAUGAUAACUGCUUAGCAGGAUGCAUCAGUAGGGCAAAGGAUUAGCGUAAGAAAUGAUAAAGAAUAGUAACCAUGGAAAUCAAGUGUUCAUCUCGCCUUUUCUUCCUAUCAUAGCUGAAAACAUCAGUUUAAAAAUACAAAUAACGAUCACCUUUUUCUUGUUAAAAGCAGUACAAUUUCUUUUUACUUUUGACUGUUUCCGGGUGAUUGUGCAAUGAAACUAGUUUUUGUAGGACUGUAUGACGUUUAGUUCUAAUUUGACUUCUCUCAGUACGUCAAUUAUCUAUAUUAUACAGCGCGAAAAACGCAUUCUUCGACUUUAUAGCAACAGUUAAAAAACUUUGCCAAAUAAUACCUAUUGCAUGUAUUAACUGGACCAUUUGAUCAUCUGUUACAAGAAAUGUUUAACCCAGCAAAUCCUGGACGUAUGUGGAGAUAGGAGAGGUCCUACAUGUAAUUCUAAAACCAACAUCAGUAUUGCUUCCUUGAAAAUAUCAACAUUGGUAAACUGAGACUGUUAGCAACUUUCUUUUCUAGAGUGUGUCUACUGUCAAACGUAAAUUUCAGCUUAGAAGUUUUAAUGACUGUAUACGUAAUGCUUUCAAACAGGUCUUCACUCACAAACAAUUAACACCAUUUGAAUUCAAAUUUUGGAGUUAUAUGGAACUAGAUGUUUAAAGGAAUGGAAAUUAUUGUCACAUAUCCAAGAUUGCUAUUAAAGCUUGUAGAAAAGGA